AUGGCCGUCGGGCUCACAAACAGCCGGCAUGCUGCCGACGAAGAAGCCCGAGCCGAAGUCGAUGUUCUCAACUCCCGCCUGGAGAAGACGACGCAAUUGACCAAGAAGAUCCAGGCGUGUUUAGGCAGGCUUGAGGCGACAGGGAAGAGUGUCCGAGAUGUCGCAGGGCCAUUGAACGGGGAGACAAAGAGGUUGCAGAUACUCGGCAAUAACAUCGAAUCCGUCCUCUCAUCCAUCGAACGCCUCCGCCAGCCUGCCGACAGCAAGAAUGACGAAGAACAAAUCAUCCGGAUGGGUCCAGACAAGGCUGGCCUACCGAAUUACUUGGCAUCCAUCAAACGCCUGAAUAAGGCCCUCAGUGACAUGAAGGCGUCAAACCUCCGGUCAACGCAACAGACGGUCACCGAGCUUCAACGACUAGUGAAACUCGGGAACACGCAGCUCGAAAAUUCAUUCGACAAGCUUCUUAGAAACGAGACGCCGCGCGCAAUCGAGCCGCUACACUUCAUCACCAAAAACAAACCAUUCCCCGUGCUGUCGCAGGACAAGUUCGCCAGGCUGGGCCUAAUGAACUCGUUUGUUGCCGGAGUUUACCGGCAAAGCGCUGGCGCUGUGCCCCAAGAGUCGCCAAUAGCAAAAAUAUACAUCGAAAUCCGGUCACAGUACCUCUCAUCGGCCCUUGUAAACCUGGCGACGGCAAGCACCAACACGGCUAAGAAGAAGGUCCCAGAUGCGAUCUACCGGGCCGGCACCAGCGGGAUAGGGACAUAUGCCCAGGCGAUGGAGGGUCUCUUCGUCUCCGAAUACGAGAAUAUUUGCAACAUCUUCACCCGAGACGACUGGGGGCCGGUAUUCGAAGCUACAUGUCAAUCAUCGUUGGUGGAGUUGGGGAGGACACUGAGGGAACUGAACGGGCAUAUCAAGGCGCAUAUGACCACCGACUGUUACCUAGCGUACGAAAUAGUCGAGAUUCUUUCGGAGCUGUCGAGCAACCUAGAGAGGAGGACAGGCGAGCUAAAGAACCCAUUGGCCGCAUCACUAAAGCCGGUUCGCGAAACCGCCAAGUCCUCAUUACCAGAACUCUUAGAGGAUACCAAGAGGCGGGUUAACGGCCUGCAGUCACUUCCACUGGAUGGCGCGGCGGUCCCGAUCGUGUCCGAGACCAUGAAGCGGUUACAGACCAUGGUGGACUUCCUCCGACCAGUCUCGAGCAUCAUGGUCUCCCUUGGCGACGGAAAUUGGAAAUCGGCUUCUGCUUCGCGAGGUGGAGGAGGUGAUGCCGCCCCGAGUCUCGCGUCCUUCGACAUCGGUGCCGACGGCAAGGAGAUCUUUGCGCACUACUGCACCGACACGAUCGAAGCGCUCAUGAUGGCGCUCGACGCCCGCGCCCGCCUCCUUUUGCAAAAGAAGCCUGUUAUGGGUGUCUUCCUCGCCAAUUGCGUCACCAUCAUCGACCGCAUGAUCCAGACCUCAGAACUCGCCGCCCUGUUGGAGGGCCGCCUAGGUGCGCUAGAGACGUGGCGAAAGAAGGCCGCUAGCUUCUACGCCGACAGCACCAAAGACGUCAGCAUGCACCUGUUCGACGUCAUCCACACGGGUCGCGGCGGCGGCAGCGGACGGCCCACGUCGGGUCAGGGCGGCGCCAUGGUGAUCGACUCGGCGUCAAUCCUCAAGAGCCUGAGUUCCAAGGACAAGGAGAGCAUCAAGGGCAAGUUUUCCGCCUUCAAUACGUCCUUUGAUGAAAUGGUGCUCCGCCACAAGGGCUACACCAUGGAGCGCGAGGUUAGGCAGAUGUUCGCCAAGGACAUGCAGACCAUGAUCGAACCGCUCUAUAUCCGCUUCUGGGACAGGUACCACGAGGUGGACAAGGGCAAGGGCAAGUACGUCAAGUACGACAAGUCAGCGAUUGCGGCUGUGUUCCUGACGCUGUAUUGA